AUGCUUAGAUCUCAACCUGAAAAGCUAGCUCAAAGGAAUCUCUUCUCUCCACACUUACCAACCAACGGGAUAAGCUACGAUAUCAAAAUGGAUAGUUCUAUCGCCAUGCCUAUGACUUCUUCACAAAUGAAACGUUUCAGAGACUCCACAAACGAAUCCAACUCUCUUCAACUACCUCAGAAAAUCAAACUCUCUAAUCAAUCCAAUCUUCUUGACCAGUCCAAUCUCCAUCUCCACAAUUCUCAACAAUCCGAAAUCGAUUGUUUAAUUCAACAACAUACGGAGAAUUUGAGAACGGAAAUACGAAAGCUAACAAUGAAGCAAACAAGAAUGCUACAGUGCGUGAUCCGCGAUUCAAUGGUGAAGAAACUGAAGCAAAAAGACGAAGAGAUCGAGGACCUUGGAAAACUGCAGUUACUGCUUCAAGAAAGAGUGAAAACGUUGCUAAUGGAGAAUCAGAUUUGGAGGGAGAUGGCGAUGACGAACGAAACCGCUGUAAAUACGUUACGUAUCGAAUUGGAAAAAGUGAUGCAAGUUAGCGAGAUCCACCACCACCGUAAUAACGGUUGCGAUGAAGCGGAAGAUGCGGAAUCUAGUUGUAGAAGUAACUGCCACGUGGAGGUUGAGGAAAAUGUGGCGGGAAAAUGGAUGUGCAAGCAAUGUGGGGUAAAUAGGUCAGAAGUGCUUUUACUUCCAUGUAGGCAUUUGUGUCUGUGUAUGAUUUGUGGGUCUAGUAUUUUCAAUUGCCCUCUCUGUUUUUCUGCUGUUAAUGCUAGUGUUCAGGUUAAUUUCUGUUAA